CCCGCUACCGCCGCCCGCCCGCUGCCGCCGCCCACCCCCCCUUUUCCGAGCUGGCGUGGCGACGCAAACUCACAAAUAUUUACUUCCUGUACGUGAAGAGGAAAGGGGGCCCCCCCUUUGUGGAAUGCGGCAACAUGGGCGUGUUUGACCGCGGGGUUCAGAUGCUGCUGACCACGGUGGGGGCCUUCGCCGCCUUCAGCCUCAUGACCAUCGCCGUGGGAACGGACUACUGGCUGUACUCGCGCGGCGUCUGCAAGAUCAAGAGUAACAACGAGAACGAGACCAGCAAGAAGAACGAGGAGGUGAUGACGCACUCGGGCCUCUGGAGGACCUGCUGCCUGGAAGGUUCCUUCAAAGGCAUGUGCAAGCAGAUAGAUCACUUCCCGGAGGAUGCCGACUAUGAGGCCGACGCUUCAGAGUACUUCCUACGUGCGGUGCGAGCCUCCAGCAUCUUCCCCAUCAUGAGCGUCAUCCUGCUAUUCAUGGGGGGGCUCUGCAUCGCUGCCAGCGAGUUCUACAAGUCGCGCCACAACAUCAUCCUCAGCGCCGGCAUCCUCUUUGUCUCAGCAGGCUUAAGCAACAUCAUCGGCAUCAUCGUGUACAUAUCAGCCAACGCCGGCGACCCUUCCAAGAGCGACUCCAAGAAGAACAGCUACUCCUACGGCUGGUCCUUCUACUUCGGCGCGCUCUCCUUCAUCAUGGCAGAGAUGGUGGGCGUGCUGGCCGUGCACAUGUUCAUCGACCGCCACCGGGAGCUGCGCGUGGGCGUGCGGGCCGCCGACUACCUCCAGGGCGCCGCCAUCACGCGCAUCCCCAGCUACCGCUAUCGCUACCGCCGUCGCUCGCGCUCCUCGUCCCACUCCACCGACCCGUCGCACUCGCGCGAAGCCUCGCCGGUGGGCCUCAAGGCCUUUGGGACGCUGCCCUCCACCGAGCUGUCCAUGUACACGCUGCCCAAGGGCCAGACGGGCACGCCCACGGCCACCUAUAACUCCACGGAGAGGGACCACAACUUCCUGCAGGUCCACAACUGCAUCCAGAAAGACCUGAAAGACUCGAGCAAUGCCGCCAAUCGGCGUACCACGCCUGUGUGAAACUCUCGGACACUUCCAAAGGGGCACUUCGGGGAGGGGGUGAGGUGGGGAGAAAAUGUCAAGGUCUAACGGAGGGUCUGGCACUUUGCUUUCUGUUUGACAGAAGCGGGGGGAAAAUGCACAGAAGCAAAAGAAACAUGCAUGAUUUUUGUCCCCCCAUCUACCCUCGUUUAACAAUUUGAUGUUUGUAAAGAUUUGAAGGGGUGGGUGUGGGCCGAGUGGAAAAGGGGGAUUGGGCGUGGUCUGUCCAAUCCGAAAGGCCACGUUAUAUUUUUUACUCUUCCUCUGGUCUGGUCUGGUGAAAAAUGGGGUUUGCCCCCUGCUCCCCAACCUCCCCUGACAACUUCCGGUUUGUCUCCUUAGUUUCGAUAUCUUCCUGAUUUUCUUCUUGCUUUGCAUAAAUACUGUGAACCACUGCGGUGUACGAUUUGAGCGGAGAGCACUCCAGGGGCCGCAAAAAAAAAAAAAAUGUAAUAAUGAUUAUAUAUUCAACAUACUAGUAUACUAGUUAAUACGUCAUGACCACUUUCCUGGCGCAACGAGAAAAAACAUAAUAAAGUAGCGAUGCUCAGAGAAAUGCUAACGGAAGCAAAUUCGGACAAGACAUUUGUCCGAGAAAAAGGCUUUGUGUGCGUUACGGAUACCACAUUUUUUACACUAAAAAAUUAAUAAAGAAAUAAAUAAAAUAACUUGAUGACCUCUUGGCCUUCCGCCAAAAAUCCGGCUGCCAUUUUGGUUCAGGGACAAUGAACUGCCGGAGGGGCGGGGGUUGGGGUGAACUUCUGAGCCGAUGAAUGAAGACGACUGUGGACAAUGCGACAGACAACAUGGAGUCCCUAAAAACACUUUAACAAAACAAAAAAAAAAUAAA